CAUCGUAGAAGAAGAGAGGCUAUGUUGUGAAGUUUCGCUUCAUGCAUUUGGAUUGACUUGACAUUCAUUUCAUUUUUUUUUUAUUUCACACAAGGUGAUGUGUGUAGACAAGGUGUGUUACUGCAAUGGAUUUGACUUCCGAAAAGCCCACCACAGACGUGCGUAAAAGCGUAAUUACAGAUGGCCCAGACAUAGCUGGUGAGCCUUAUUGCAUUUCAGUGCUGAAGGAGGGAUACUGUCUGGUACAACCAGACGGGAGUGCUCGAGCAGACGGCACGAUAUCUCUAUUAACCGGACCAAAGACUAUUUUGGUAGAUACGGGGGGCGCGUGGGAUCGUGAUUUUCUUCUUGCACAGCUGGAGACAAGAGGGCUGAAGCCUCGGGACAUCAAUAUUGUUGUCGGUACCCACGGCCACUCGGACCACGUGGGCAAUCUGGGUCUGUUCCCAGAUGCCCUGAUGGUGGUAGGAUGUGACAUCAAUCAAGGGGAUUUGUAUCUUCCAAACGAGCUCGCAACAGGGCAGCCAUAUCCCAUUGAUGACCACGUGUCAGUAAUUCCCACACCGGGCCACACAGGGCGGGACGUGAGCGUGCUGGUGAGGGGAACCUCCAUGGGCGUGGUGAUGGUUGCAGGUGACUUGUUUGAGUGUUGCGCCGACGAGGAUUCCUGGCGUGAGCUGAGCGAGAACCCCGAGGUCCAGGAGAUUAGCCGGCGGGCGGCUAUCCAGACAGCGGACGUUAUCAUCCCCGGACAUGGACCCAUGUUCAGAGUGCACAAGGACUCCACCAACUGAUAAUGAUGCUGCUGCCCAGCUAUGUUGACAGCCUCUGGUUUAGUUAGUGACUGACAUUCUUUAUCAGUGUUUUUAUGAUUGUUAACAGUUAACAUUGCUAUCCUUUGCAGUGUUUCAGGCAGCACAUUUGUUUUGUCAAGGUGGGUAGGGACUGGGAGCAGCCCAUACCAGAGACAUGUGACUUUCAAACACUGGAAAGAUGAUAUGAAACCCCUCAACAACGAGUAGCUUAUUUCUUUGGCAAAUCAAGUUCUAACUACCCAAGUUUCUGAAUAGAUUAAAAAAAAAUCUUUUCAGGUGACCUAGAGCAGUCACGGUAGUAGUUGUUGAUGUCAAGAUGGCCGCCCUAACUAUAACUGAAUGUCUAUGUAAUGAGGAGUAAAUUGCAUUGGAAGUGUUAUUGGGGCCUACGCACACCGGUUCCGCCAAAGUGCAGCGCACUGCUCUGCCAACCAUAGGCGUGCACAGAUAGAGACUAGGUGGUGCUAAAGCACUGCCCCCUUUGCUCUAAUGAAUAAAAAUCACUUUUUUGAAGAAAAAAAGUUUUUUGUUGAUGUUGACAUAAUAAUGUAUAAAUGCUUCACAAUCAAAUUUAUGUGCCGAUAAUGCCCCAGUAUAAUCUAUAGCCUCUAUAGGCAGUCGGAAAAUCCACGUGACCCCCACCCUUCAGCACCUGCCCGCCAAAAUGUCUGUGCAUGCCACGGCUGCCAACGUUUGAUUCCACUUUUCUCAGCACAACCCCGCACACCGCCGAAGCUGUCUGCGGAUGUCUGAACAUUUGUGCCGGUGUGCAGGGUUGUACUGGAAACAGUGUAAUCAAACGUUGGCAGAGCAGUGCACCACAUUUUGGCGGAACUGGUGUGCAGAGGUCCUAAAGCUUCAGAAAUACAGUUUGGGUAGGACUUACGAUGAGCUGUGGUUGAAGAAAAGACAAAUGUAUGGUUUGUAAUCAAGUGUGGAAGUGUGAGGAGGAGGAGUAUUCCCAUCAACUGCCUCUUCUAUUGUGAAGCCUUUCUAUUCUAUUUUUAUUCUAUCUCUUCCUUACAUAAUUAUGUAAUUAUGAAGUAAACUGAAUAGGGCAGGUGGCAAGAGGAAACAAGUACCAGGCACCGGGUGGUAAUACAAGGUCAUAAAGUGCAGUAAAAUUAACUGAACUGGCUAUGCCCAUGACAUCACACUGUUGAGUAACAUGUAGCCAGGGCCAGAUUAAUGUACAAGCUGGCUGAAUAUGGCUGCAGCCAAGGGGCAACUACCUACCAGGGGAUCCCCAGUUCCCACAAAAGGGAAAAAAUCAACAGAAUUAGAGAAAUCUAACAAGCUGUGGUAUUGAUAACCUAGUCUGCUGUGUCAGGUAGAGUUUAAAUUUUGCUAAUUUCUCCUCUUGGGUUGGAAUUAUGACGCAGUCUAUGUUGUUUUGUUACAAAAUUUGUUUUCCGAGGGGGCCUACAGCAGCCUGUAUCUUAGGGGCCCCAGGCCAUCUUAAUCUGGCCCUGCAGGCAGCCAACAGGGCAGCUGUUGUUGGAUGUCUGCUCACAUGGCAAUAUGAUUUAUAACUUCAUUAGACAUUGUUACAUAUCCAAAGUACCUGUAAAAAAGAGUAUUAUUACGAGAGACAGGAUUUCUUCAUUAUGCAUUAAUGCAUUCAUUAUGCAUUGGUUGGAGGUAAAGCAAACGUAAAGUAAACGUUACGUAAAAUCAGAAGUUUAAAAAAAACGAAUGGUAUCAUCAGUCUUCACAUGGUCCUAAUGAACACGAACAACUGGUCAAAUAUCAGCAUGGGGCGUAGAGAUGGCAGAGGAGGCCAUCGGACGUGUGAUCUGAUGCUGUCAGUAUCUGCCCUUUUGACAAGUCUGUCAUCAUAAAUGGAGUAAGAGCUGGAGCAAUAAGCUUACUGGCAGCUGUAACUUCCUGAUCACCCUUUUCUGUGUCUUAGUUGCAUUGCCAAAACAGCAGAGAAUACAGAAUGUUGAAACACUUUCAAUAAAAGCAUUUGAAGCAAUUCAAGCUUUUGAAGUAUCCGUUUAUUGGCAUAAAACAUUACCA